UUUACGAAACAAAAAAAUAUCGUUCAAUGAACCUGCACGUUUUUCAGCAAAAUGGUCACUCCGGAAUAUCUAUCAAAGGACAUUUUAGAAAAGAACUAUGUGCGAUCUUUUUCUCCCUUCCACCAGGUGGAAAUGUUUCUUGGAAUAUGCCGCAUUAACAUCAGGGAUAAGUUCGUCACGCCCCCUACUACUGCACAAAAAAUGUACACUCUAAUAACAGUAAUUUCAGCAUUACCCAUAACUAUAUACGUAGUUAUCACAUUCUACGGAAAGUUUUAUUUCCACAAAGACAUAUACUAUCUCACGGUAGCCACCACGUUUAUAUACUAUAUCGUAUUUUCUUUAAACUCGAUUCAUUUGAGAUUCAUCAACAAUGAUUCGAACACAAAAUUUUAUGUGCAACUUCAAGAAAUCGAUCGUUUGAUGAAAAUAGAUCGGCAUAAUUUGAUGUACAGUUUAAUGUACGUGCAUAAUAUAGUAUCAGUGUGUUUUGGCUUUGGUAUUCUUUCACUGGUAUGUUUCUAUGUCAAUUUUUGGGAUGUUUUUAUGGUGUCCGGGUUAUUCGUUAUAUUCUACAUGAUAGCUAGUUGUACCAUAGCGUGGUUACACUGUGCUAAUCUAAUUAAACACUUUUCUCUUCGACUGCGUUUUAUAAAUGCUGUGUUGAUGAAUUUUUUGAACGGUCCUCUGGUUGAGAAGGGGCGGAAAUUGAUUAUAUUUGAUGUAUCGAAGAAGGACAUGUGUCAGAUGGCCCGGGAAUCGCAUAGGUUUGAAACGAGCUGCGUUGAUGCGUUUGUGACUGCACUUUUCGAUGCUUAUGAAGCGUUCCAAAAUCAUUAUAGAUUUCAAAUUUUUCUAUUUUUCUGCAACUGCUUUCUUCACACGCUGUUGACUUUCGAGAUCAACAUCUUGGCUGCACAAAAAGGGACGUACUCCAUAUUCGACUUCACAGAUCUCCUGCUGAUUCUGGUCCUCAACGUGCUGAUAGCGAUACGGCUGUGCGUGCGCUGCGAGCUGCUGCAGAGGGAAGUGAAGAAGACCAGGCACUUGUGCCUCACAGUUCUGGCGCGGUACGAUGAAGGUAUACUGAUGAUCUCCUGCUGA